ACAAUUGACAUUUGCUAUUUGAUAUUGAUAACGUAUCUACGAUAUAUAAACAUUGGCCUGUAAAUAGUAUUUAAAAUGGUAUCAAAUAUUUCAAGAACUCAUAUUCUAGCUAUUUACAAGUCUUUGCUAAGAGAAUCUCAAAAAUUUACUAAUUAUAACUUCAGAUUAUACGCACUACGAAGAGUAAGAGAUGGUUUCAAAGAGCACAAAUCACUUCAAGAUCAUAAAUUAAUAAAAAAAGAAUACGACUUUGCAAAAGAUAACUUGGAGAUCAUCAAACGCCAGGUUAUUAUUGGAGAAAUGUAUAAGACGGACAAGCUUGUCAUUGAAAAUCAACAGUAGAGAAAACAUGGAAAACAUGGAAGGGAAAAUAAUUAAUCAUCUUAUAGCAUCGUCACACUAGAAAUUGAAAAACAAGUACAAUUUAAUAUACAUAAGAAGUAAUGCAAAUAUUUCAUUUAUGCUGUUUUCCUAAGUAAAGUUACAUUUAUAAACUUGUAAGUAAAUAUGAGUGAUGUAUGUAUCCAU